GAAGUGUGUUAUUGGAAAAGAAAGAGGUCUCCUCUAUUUCAUUUCAGGUGUAUGUUGUGCCUUGCAGGUUGUGUGUGCGGAGCAAUGUGGAUGCGGCAAGUUUUCCUGUUCGACAGAAUUAACGUAUGGCGCACUACCUCUGGUGCAGCGUGUUAGCGUACCGAAACAGUUGAGUUUGACAGGAAAAAAGAGAACCACGAAAGUUGGAACAAAUGAAAUGCAAGUUGCAGCUCCUCCUCACCCCGCAGUUAACCUAAAAUUCGAACAAGACUUGAAACGAGCAAAAAGCCAACAGUCUUUUUUCACAGCAUGAUGAACCCAUUUACUCCAGAACAGUACGCUCCUGAUACUGAAAAUGACUCAAAUGAGAAUGCACUAGACCCUCAAAUUAUUCUCUCACUCUGUUUCUCUAACAGAGCCUGCACUCCCAUAUUCACAGCAAAUCCCAGCUUCGAAAGGCGCCAGAAGUGGAUGCAGAGACCCUAAACGAAUUACAUAAAAUGCCAUGCAACCCUCCAAAUUCAAUCGGCUCAGAAGAGAUAGGCAAGGGUUUUGUCUGGGGAGAGAAUGGCUUGACUACAGCAUCUUGAGUGGAGGAGGGCAGUGUGACCUGAGGACAAACUCUGCCAAAUAACUCCAAAUCCAGCUUGAACUGCACGGGAAUAAUGAUUGCGCUCAUUAACACCCCACAGACAGAAAGGAGCGUCCGAUUCAAGGAUUCUGUGUUUCCGAUUGCUAGGAAAUAACGAAAAGCGACUUCAUGAGCGAGCAGCAAACGCAAACAUCCACGAAUUUUGUCGCUGUCCUUGAAAUCUAGCGGGAGUUUGUAAACUGAUGUGAGUGCCGAGGCCAAUUUCAAAAUAAAAGCAUUCUGCUGACCCUGGGGGGAAAUCGCCCUACCAUUGCCUUAAAGGGCCAUUUAUUGCACAGCCAUGUGCAGGAAGUGUCACGCGAGAAACGCUAUCCGCGAAUGUACUUUUUAGGGUGUAGUCAGGCCGACGACUCGAGAUUCCACUUCAGUGCAGCAGAGGAUUCUCGAUUACUUUGAGAGCAGUUAGUUAACUUUUGAGAGCAGAAUAGAAAUUUAAUUCAUAGCAGACGUAACUGUGAAGUUGUAGUGUCAUUGCGGCUGGCUGAGUUCUCUUACAGGUGGUUGUGGUUGGCGUUGAUAUAUGUUGCCGAGCUUGCAAACAGCAAGAGUGGCAGUUAUUUGGCGCAACUCGUAUCAAUAUUCAGACAUGGCACAGAGGUAUCAGUCUCCAUCAGCUUACUUGCCUUCCGUGAUGCGAAGACCCGAGUUGGUAUGGCAGCAGAAACUCGACACGAUUCCGCCAACUUUGCAAUGUAGGCGGUGGGAAGGGCUCCCAGAGACCGCGGCAGACUUUGUUAUUCUCCUGCGCAGGCACGAGUUUCUGAAAGAGAUUGUGCAUGCGAACUCGAAGGAGGACGUCCUGGACGCAGAGAGCAUUGAGCUUCAGAUUCUUAAGGAUCAAGUAUCGAAUGGUACAAUAUUAAGUAGGAGAAGAUGCUCACUAAGAACGAUCCAAACCAGCAUCAGGGCUUACGGACCUGUGCUAUUACAGCUGGAGUCUGGUGAUGGGGUGCGACAACUCAAGCGCUUACAAAUCCGGAGUGCAAGAAAUAUGGGUUUCCAAGACACUGUUUUUGUGCUGGCCCCUGAGACUACCAGAUGAGAUCAGAAGUGAGGUGGAAUUCGCGCCAUUUAUUCUGUCAUCUUGAUCCAGAAUGUGGUUUUAGCUCAUGGAAGGAUACACCACCUACGGCACAAAUGCGGAGGCCUUGUUUAGGAAGCGUUCAGAAUGGCUCCUUAGCUCUUCCUGUGCUAUUCGUGGUCCCUGUGUCUGGUGUAUCUGUGCUUUGCUAGGAAAAACGUCAAGGACGAAUCAAGGAAGAGAAUGGCCGAUGUUGAGAAACAAAAGGCCCAUCUCCUGAACAGAGGCUCCCCUCAAGCAUGGCUCAUCAGAUUCCUAAGAUCUGUCCGACGAAAACCUCAUCGGAGGUUGAAGGAUCAUGUACUCGGUCACAGUUUAGAGUCACGGGUCUCGAAGAAGGUAGUUGAAAACAUUUACAAAAACCAUGAAAAUGCCUUCAGUCGUAUCGAAGCUUCACCAAACCUUAACGUCCGCGUUGAGAAAUACAAUGCUUUCAUCGCCAGUCCGAAGCCUGAAGAUUCUCUGCUCAGAGCGUUUUCCAAGUCGAAAAGUUAUGUGCAUCCGGAUGAGGCGGAUGAUACGGACGAGACGCCUGCAAAGAACAGGAAUAACCACGGCAAGAGCAAAUCCUUCUCAGUAUUUUCUUCGCUUGGAAAUUUGUGUUGUACCACGGGAGAGGAGUCAUUUUCUAAGGACAGUUUUAGUUCUGAGCAAGUUUCGUCUAGUAGAAGCCGAAGCGGAAGUAGAAGCCCGUGGUUCUUUCCUGGAUAUAGGAGUUUAUCCUCACGAAAUCGGGAAGCUCGGCAUCAAAGCAUGGAGCAACUGAAGAAGGCGGAGUUGUUGCAGUUAGAUGUGAGCAAGGAGUUGAUGUGCACAGAAGCAACGAAUGCGGAAGAAAUAUCUUCCAAAAGGCAUCAGAAAGACGGGCCGUGGACGGUAAAUGAUCCCAGAACGUGGAGCAUGGAUCUCACGAUGUAUGGGGAAGUUGUCAAAUGCCUCGUGGAUGACGUGAAAUUGUCUCCAAUAACGAACCAAAAAUCCGCCACGCUCGAGAACCUUAUGUUUGAACCGGAAGCUGAUGAAGCACCCAUGAUCCUCCCGCAUUCAGAAGACGAGUUUGAGAAUCCUGAUCGUGUACCUCCGUGGAACUCAUCAAUAUCGUCUUUCAGCAGUAGUAGAGAGUUCUGGAAAACCGAAAAAAAUGAGAGUUCUCGGAAUGUUGCAGAGAGCAACACCGCGUUGGUACCUUACAAUGGGGGGAUUGGCAGCGUCGACAUAGGGAACAUUUCAGUCAGCCAGAGUCUUCUGAGAGCAAAAGUCUUCGGAGCGGAGAUGUACCGAAAGCAGUGUCAAUUGGAGAAGAAACACGAAGAAGAGACAAAAAAGCUCCUGUUCUCCCUGGACCAAGCUUUGGACCAGUACAAUCACAAGAGGAUCGUUGAGGACGACGACUUGAAGGUUGAGAGCCCAAAUUUCGAGCUGUACAACUCUCCUGUCUUUGAGAGCUUUCUUGAAUCCUCGACAAAGGCGUGGGAGACCAACUCCUUCCCACUUCGAAUUGAAGGGGAAUCGAAGGAUUUGAAAACCCCUGACUCUGUUCGAGAGUUGCACUGCAUCACGCUCCAGUCGCCCGACAUUGUGGGCAAUCAUCAGGAGCUAAUGCUUGAUGUGGAGGGCGAGAGGGUGACGAUCCCCCACGGCAAGGCGCAUCAGUCAAAUCGUUAUGUAAACAACAGCACUCCAAAAAUGCUGUCUCCUUCUCCCUCAAUCUGCGAGGAUAGGAUCCACCACCCGCAAGGAGAAGACAACACGGUACUAAACUUCGCACGCUUGCAGAUUGACGAGCUGAGCUGCCGAAAGCGGCAAUUCAACAAGCCACGAAGAGCCCACAAGCAACAGAAGUUGAAACAAACGACCUUCGGGGCCGAGAGCUCCGCAUCUCCUCGGCCCCCUAUUCCUGCAGGCAACGUUGCUAAGGAGAGCGUGGCAGUGGUUGUGGAAAGCUCCUACGACCCUUACGGUGAUUUUCGUGCAUCUAUGAUUGACAUGAUAAUCGAUCAGAACAUCCAGCAGACAUCCGACAUGGAGGAGCUCCUACAAUGCUACCUUGCGCUCAACGAGCCCGACUAUCACCAAGUGAUCGUCGAAGUCUUCUCGGACGUCUGGCAUGAACUGUUUGAGGGCAACAGCAGCUGAACCACGGGCAGCCUCCGAGAUUAGGUUCGUCGAUGACUUCCUUCCUGUAGUGGUCCAUAUUCGCAAUCUCGUGCCUACAGUGCAGGAGCUGGAAACUAACCAUGGUUCUCACUCCGUGGAGACCAUAGUUAGUUUGUGGGGAACUAGCAUAGCGUCAGACUUUGGCAUAGAACAAUCUAUGGGCUUAAUGUAAGCAGAAGGUUUUGACCUUGGAAGCUAGUCCCAAGAUUCGGUGUCGGAGUCCUCCACCAAAUCGGAAGAUUGAAAGUAGAUUUUCACGAGGUCACCGUAUUAUUUUUAAUUCUUUUUAUUUUGAAUAAUCGCAUUCGUUACUUCUAUUCUCCAAUGCUACUGCAUCCAACACCUGGAUUCGUAUAUUGGCGGCGUCGUGGCGGCGCUUGCGACGCAACGGGGCAGCAAAGCUGAGCCCCGAAAGACGAAGACGAAGGCUUGCGCCGGUUUGUGAUGAAAAUAAUGUGGUCUGCGCCCAGAGUCACUCCCAUCACGUUUAUUGUAUUAUAUUUAUUGUAUAUAUAUGUAUUGCAGUUGAUAAUCUUUGCCAAGGGAUGGAGGUACACUUUCGUUGGUGCUUUGGAUAGAUGCUGAGUGGGUGAAACGCAUCCGCUCUGCUUCACAGUGGCCGUUGACAUCUUUUUGCUUGGAUGUUGGAAGGCAUUGUGGUUUGGGAAGUUUUUAUAGCCUUGGAUUGUUGCUCAGCACUCUAUGAGCUCAAUCGGAAAGCUGUACGCAGGUUGAUUUGGAUUGAAUUUAAAAGGUAUUCAGAAUGUAGUGUAAAAUGAAAACGAGUAAAA